AACUCGGCCUCCAGGAAUCCCAGGGCCGCGGGGGGCACGGGGAUGUCCACAGGAAAGGAAAGUUUGUGACACACCUGUUCCAAGUCACCUGCCUCCAACCUCCUGUUUCCAGCGCUGCACAGAAGAGAUCAAAGGACGUUAAAAUGGUGUAGCAAGAAGAGGGAUGGUCGGGAGACGGCAGAUGAAACUGAAGAUUCAGCGACAGUAAGAGGCUCACUUGAGAUUGUUCACCUGCUUUUUUUUGGAGACCAUACUGAACCCCGGGCUUGAGCCUGUAAAAUGCAGGCCUCGGGCUCCAGGUCUGUGCACCUAAGCGAGUGGCAGAAGAACUACUUUACAACUACAUCUGGUACGUGCACAGCGGGGCAGAAGGCAGACGCUUACCGGGCACAGAUCCUGCGCAUCCAGUACGCGUGGGCGAACUCCGAGAUCUCCCAGGUCUGUGCUGCCAAACUGUUCAAGAAGUAUGCUGAGAAAUACUCUGCAGUUAUCGAUUCUGACAAUGUUGAAACUGGCCUGAAUAACUAUGCAGAACACGUUUUACCUUUAGCAGGUGCUCAGCAAGCUGACAGUGACAAGUGGCAGUCUGGGCUGUCCAUAGAUAACGUUUUCCAGAUGAGGGGUGUACAGGAGAUGAUGCGGGCUGGCGAGAAGUUCCGAGGCUCCCUGUUGUCCCCUGCUGAUGCCAUGGUAGUGAUCCAUAAAGGGGCCGUGGUCCCCGAUCCUCCAAAAUUCAGCUUUUGUUGUUCUAGGGAGAGUGACCCAUUGACUAAGCCAGCUCCCAGUACAGGCCGGGCCCCGGACAUCCCAGAGAGCGGUCCGUUGGGCCCUCACAAUGCCCAGCCACCAGUGGCCACUAACACCCCAAAGACGUGUCCCACGUACUCGACACCAUUUGGUGACUUAGCCACACCGUUGUUUGGAACUGUCAGAAAGGAAAAUGGCAGCUCUCCUAAAUCCAGCACGGGACUGAAUAUGUUCUUACCCCAUCCGUCCCGUUUCCCUUCCUUCAGUGACAGGAGCCCAUUGUACAGCUCUGGCCCCACCAAUGCCCUUUCUGCCCCGACUCUGAAUAAGGCUCUUGGUAAAACAGAAGGUAAUGGCCACCGAGAGGAAAGCAGCCUACCCACCUUUAAAACUGCCAAGGAACAAUUGUGGGUAGAGCAGCAGAAAAAGCACCAGCAGCCCGCACGUGCGUCAGUGUCUUCCUACGGCGGCGUGAAGAAGUCCCUGGGGGCCAGUCGAUCCCGAGGGAUUUUUGGGAAGUUUGUCCCUCCUGUCCCUAAGCCAGAUGUGGGGGACGCGAGUGGGAGGGUGCAGCAUGAGCCGGACGGGGCUGUACCCCCAGAAGCAGCACACCCAGUUGACGAGCGUCUGAAGAGCUUGGAGCCAAAAAUGAUCGAGCUGAUCAUGAGUGAGAUCAUGGACCAUGGGCCCCCAGUAAACUGGGAGGACAUUGCAGGGGUGGAAUUCGCCAAGGCCACGAUAAAGGAGAUCGUUGUGUGGCCCAUGAUGAGGCCAGACAUCUUCACCGGUUUGCGAGGCCCACCGAAGGGAAUUCUGCUCUUCGGUCCCCCUGGGACGGGGAAAACCCUGAUUGGCAAGUGCAUCGCUAGUCAGUCUGGGGCGACCUUCUUCAGCAUCUCUGCCUCCUCCUUGACCUCCAAGUGGGUGGGCGAGGGGGAGAAGAUGGUCCGGGCGCUGUUUGCAGUGGCCAGGUGCCAGCAGCCGGCUGUGAUAUUCAUUGAUGAAAUCGACUCCCUGUUAUCCCAGCGGGCGGAUGGUGAGCACGAGUCUUCUAGGAGGAUCAAGACCGAGUUCCUGGUCCAGUUGGAUGGAGCCACCACAUCUUCAGAAGAUCGUAUUCUCGUUGUGGGAGCAACCAAUCGGCCACAGGAGAUCGACGAGGCUGCCCGGAGGAGGCUGGUGAAAAGGCUGUACAUACCCCUCCCAGAGGCCUCCGCCCGGAGGCAGAUCGUGACUAACCUGAUGUCCAAGGAGCAGUGCCUCCUCCGUGAGGAGGACCUGGAGCUGGUUGUGCAGCAUUCGGAAGGGUUCUCAGGGGCUGACGUGACACAGCUGUGCAGAGAGGCAUCCCUGGGCCCCAUCCGCAGCCUACAGGCCACCGACAUCGCCACGAUAACCGCCGACCAAGUCCCACCCAUAACGUACGUUGACUUUGAAAACGCGUUCAGAACCGUGCGGCCCAGCGUGUCCCCGAAAGAUCUAGAGCUUUAUGAAAACUGGAACAGAACUUUUGGUUGUGGAAAGUGAACGGGACCCUUCCAGUUGAGAGAGGGCACCUCUGUGGUGCAUCCCCGUUCUGAGCGCAGGAACAGGGGGCGUCAUUUGCGUGCUGGGGGCGGGUGUUCUGAAUCUGAUGCCGCAGGUGAGAGAGAAUAACAACAACUCUGAUGUUACAGCCGACGGACAGCCCGUGUCGAUAGAAGCUGGGUUUUCUCCCAGUGAUUCCCUGGUGUGUACACCUGUUCAUACCCGAUAUGAAGGGGCCUUUUUGUUUUGUUUCUAAUGGGCCUCUCUUCAGGAUGUGCAGUGGGAUGAACAGUGAGCUCAGAUUGAAACUCUUACGUCUUACUUGUGUGUGAGGGUGUGUGAUUUAAGUACGUCUGUCAUUGCUAGCGUAGUGGUUUACGAUUGAGACAGGGCAUUGCUUACUGUUGUUUACAAUUUAAGGUCUCACCAAACACUGGAAGGAAAGGGCCAGUUUUUACUUCGGUUUGUAACCUCUCACUGUUUUCUCUUAGCAGGACCAGCUAAUAAAACAUGUUCAGAAAGCACAGUGUAGUCUAGUGUCAGAUGUACCACAGAACUGAAAGGCGAGGAUUGGGUUUCUGGGGGCAGGUGAUGUCUAACAUUGUAUUUAACACCAGGUGAGAGCCUGAAGUAUCGGUGUCUUUCAGAAGUAAAUGUGGAUGUCUGUGA